AUGGAGGAUUCUCGAAAGCUGGAGAUGGAGGCCAUGGAGGAACGGAGAGGAAGACAUGGACUCAAAUGUCACCGCUGCCAGCACUGUGACAAAUCCUUCACAAGAUCUGGAUAUUUAAAGAUUCAUCAGAGAGUUCACACUGGAGAGAAACUGUACAGCUGUGACCAGUGUGGGAAAACUUUCACUCAGUCAGGAAACCUUGAAGUUCACCGACGCGUUCACACUGGAGAGAAACCAUACAGCUGUGACCAGUGUGGGAAAACUUUCACUCAGUCAGGUAAUCUAGAAGUCCACCGACGCGUUCACAGUGGAGAGAAACCGUACAGCUGUGACCAGUGUGGGAAAACUUUUACUGCAUCAGGUCACCUAAAAAUGCACCAACGUAUUCACACUGGAGAGAAACCGUACAGCUGUGACCAAUGUGGGAAAGCGUUCAAUAAAUCAGUUAACCUUAAAGUCCACCAACGUAUUCACACUGGAGAGAAACCAUACAGCUGUGACCAAUGUGGGAAAGCGUUCAAUAAAUCAGUUAACCUUAAAGUCCACCAACAUAUUCACACUGGAGAGAAACCGUACAGCUGUGACCAGUGUGGGAAAACUUUCAAUAAACCAGGUGACCUUAAAAUCCACAGACGUAUUCACACUGGAGAGAAACUGUACUGGUGUGACUGGUGUGGGAAAACUUUCAAUAAAUCUCUUGGCCUUAAAGUCCACCAACGUAUUCACACUGGAGAGAAAACGUACUGGUGUGACUGGUGUGGGAAAACUUUCACUAGAUCAGAUGUACUAAAAGCCCACCAACGUGUUCACACUGGAGAGAAACCGUACUGCUGUGACCAAUGUGGGAAAACUUUCACUACAUCAGGUAACCUAAAAGUCCACCAACGUGUUCACACUGGAGAGAAACCGUACAGCUGUGACCAGUGUGGGAAAACUUUCACUACAUCAAAUGACCUAAAAAUCCACAGACGUGUUCACACUGGAGAGAAACCGUACUGGUGUGAUCGGUGUGGGAAAACUUUCACUAGAUCAGAUGUGCUAAAAGUCCACAAACGUAUUCACACUGGAGAGAAACCGUACAGCUGUGACCGGUGUGGGAAAACUUUCACCUCAUCAUCUAAACUAAAAAUCCAUCAACGUGUUCACACUGGAGAGAAACCGUACUGGUGUGAACAAUGUGGGAAAAUCUUUGCUCAGAGUAGUCACCUUAAAGUCCACCAACACAGUCACGCUGCUUUGUUGUGAACAUUCUUCAGAGCAAAGCUAGCUGUUUCCUCCUCCCCCUACCCUGAUAGCUGUGUUGUUAUAUUUUGAGCUUCUCUACAAACUGACGGAUACACAACAGUAACUUUAUAUUUUCAGCAGCAUGUAUAGUAAUGUGGCUGCAACUACAUUUACAUUAAUUCAUUUAGCUGACGCUUUUAUCCAAAGUGACUUACAGCUGCUAUUUAUGUCAGAGGUCGCACGCCUCUGGAGCAACGAGCGGUUAAGUGUCUUGCUCAGGACACCAAAGGCAUGUGUCUUAUCCAUUGCGCCAUCACCACCCCACAACAUACUGUCCUGUCCUUCCUCCUCCCAAUCCUGCUGUCGUCACACACUUAUUAUUAUUUGCUAUCUUGUUAUAGUUGAACAUAUGUCCUUACUGGAAUUUCCUUAAAAUAUAUGUAUGUCUGUGUUCACUGUUUAUAUUUGCUGUUAGUGAACGUGGUCUUGUUCAGACAGAAAGCAAAGCCAAAUCUAAUUGAUACAGAUCCACUUGUGUUGGCGCCAGCUGAGGGGAAGAUAUUUAUUCUUAAAUAAAAGGUUCUCUUUGAUUCUUCAAGACCACCAUGUUUCCAAUCUGGAGACGCAGGCACCUGUUGCAGUUCCAUUAUGGCAGAGGUGCACACGGAUAAGAAAUAGUGGGCCAUAAACCCCAGUAAAACUAGUCUUAGCUGGCUCAUCCCACGAGGUCAGUUUUGGUCUUCCAGGUUUCUUUUUGUUAGAAAGAAUCCAAUUCAAGACAAAGUUUAACUGAAUCUAAACGUGCUCCCUUUGGACCUGCAGACUGAGCCCUGAAGAUUUACCAUAAUCACUUCAGCUCUGUGAGAGCGCCGGGGUUAAACUAAAUAAAGUUAUAGCUUUUUUAUGUGAACUUUGCACAUUUUUAAAUUUAAGUAAACAGUGUUGCACUGUAAUCUAAAAAGUAAGGAGGUGGCUCUGGGCCAACUAAACAUUACAGUAAUCAGGGGUGGGAGAAAAACGUGUAAGAUUCUGAUUCAGUAAAGCGAGUGCAUUACCGCCCCCGCUGCUCCGAUUCUCCGGCCAAUCUCCUGCUCCAGUCUCCCCUCACUCGUGAACAAGAC